CGGCUGUUAUGAGGUCUACGCAUUUAUCAAAAAUAUAAAUGGAAAUUGGCAAAAUAGUAACAUGAAUCCCUUUUCUAAACAAUAUAAAUUAUUUGUAUUAAUAAAAUCAUAAUGUUUUUUAUAAAACGAAAUUCUGACUUCAAGUCUUUAAAUGGGUUUAUAAGAUUUUACAGCUUUGGACGAAGGUGUCAUUAUGAUGUUCUUAAUUUGCGAAGAAAUUGUUCCGACAAAGAAAUCAAAAAUGCAUUCAUUCAGUUAAGUAAAGAAUAUCAUCCAGACAAGAAUAAAGAUGCAAAAGCACAAGAGAGAUUUGUCCAGAUUGUUGAGGCGUAUAAUGUUCUUGGCAAACCAGGCACCAGAGCUCAAUAUGACAGCAUAACUGAAGUUUCAACUGGACCCAAUUCUUAUGUUUAUAAAACUCAUGUGCCUUAUAAUCUACGUAAAAAUGCACAGUACAGUUACUACUAUGAUUUUGGAUCAAAAGCACAUAGUGCGAAAGGAAAUACAAACACAUAUUAUAGUAAUGAGAGUGCCAAGAAAAUGCCCAAUUAUUAUAUAAUUUUCACAUGUAUCGGUAUCACCUUACUUGGUGCUAUCCUGCAAGGAUAUGUAAUAAGAAACAUGUAUGUCGGUCAGCGCAAGCAAGCAUUACAGAAGUCAAUGGAACUUGCUGAUGAACUCGAUAAAGUAAGGGCAGCUGCUACUGGUAACGGAAAUGAGAUGCAAACUCGGUUGCUGUUAGACAAGAUCGUAACCGCCUCCAACGCCACGGUGGCCACUGCGUCACUUGGUCACGCACUAGCAACGGACAAAAAGUGAUUCUAAUUUGUUUAUGUUAACAUCCCACAGUAAAUAGAUAAGUAGAUAAGUAGGUAAUUAUAAUUAGUAACAUCUUCAGAUUCGACAUAUGACAUUACGACGACAUUUGACAUAUGUAUGUUAUUAUGACGUUUUGCCAGAGACAAGGAUUUGUUUCUUGGUUUCUGUCAAUGUUACGAACGCGUAAAGGGAUUAAUUAAUUUAAUUAUCGGACAUUGGUUAUAUUGACACGGGCGAGAAACAAAUAAUAAAAAAAAUGUAGUAUAGCAGUAAUGUUCUGAAUUAUUUGUGUUUGCGAAAGCAAAUGUAGAGUUAAAAAAGGUAGAAUACGAUCUAGUCUAUGGAAGUUGUGUAUAGAGUAAAAGUUGUUAUAUGUUUUGUAAAUCUUUUCACUCAAAUGACUUUCCACAGAUCUGUUACAUACUUACCUCUUAGCUUUAGUAUACCAGUAGUUUUGUACAUAAAUUUGAAUAAAUACUUAUUUGUAAGCGACCCUGUACAAAAAUAUAUUGUAUUAUAAAAAAAUUUAAAAUGUUUUAGUUGAAAUAUAUUUAUUUUAAAUGAAAUUUUGUAUACUGUAAUGAAGUGUAGGGUGUUGUCGUACAUUUAAUGUAUUUUGAUAUUUCUACAGAAUUAUAUGAUUCACAUUUCUAUUUAUGUAUUAUUUUUUUUGUCUUAACCAAAGCAUGUAAGUAUGAAUUAUAUAAAUUUAAUAAAGUAUGAACAGAUGUUCAUAAUUUGCUAGUAAUA